UGUUUACUGGCCACUCGCCAGUAUAGUUGUGUCACGGCUAAGGUGAUGCCCCACUUGUUUUCUGGUACGGUAGAUUUAUACUACUACCACUACUACUAUGACAUACCAUUAUGCAUCUACAUUGCUGUCUUCAAAACCCUUUGAUUGAUUAUCGAUUUUGUCAUAUGAAGAAGCCCUCGUCUUAUUUAUCACUAUGGCAACGAAUCCUCCAAUUUACUUGGAUUAUGGCUAGUUAACUCCAGUAAACUAAAAAUAAAAAAAAAACAAAAAAACUCAAGAUAUCAAAGUGAGAGUUUGGGUUAUUAAUGGUUAUGUUUUCUCCAAGAAAACAGCGUUUAAACUCAGUCUUGACAUCAUUCAGACUGACAACUCUAGAAUUAUUGAUGUCGGAUAUAGGUACAGUUAGCAUAAAUUAUCUAAUUGGUGGCAAGCGAAGGCCAAAAACGACUAUUUGUCCGUCGUGUUGCAGACACCAUGAGAACUAUAGACUCUGCAGUUUGACACUAACUAGACUGGUUGUCCAGAAACCAUUGGAAAAUGAUCUCACCUCUAUAAUCAUUGCUGUCAAGAUGCAGGGAUCAAAACGAGUGCUUCGAUCAAAUGAAAUCCUUGUUCCUCCGGGUGGUUUACUGGAAUGUGAACUUGAUUUGUCUUUCUCAUUACAGUAUCCACAUUUUUUGAAACGAGAUGGCAGCAAGCUACAAGUGAUGCUGCAACGGAGGAAAAAAUAUAAAAACCGCACAAUGUUAGGCUACAGAACAUUAGCGGUUGGAGAAGUAAAUAUGUCACAGGUGCUGCAGCGAGCUGUUGAUAAAGAAUUAAACCUUUACAGUGAUCUAAAAGAACAGUCGACGGUGGUAGCCCAAGUGAUAAUGCUGUCAUUAACUAGUCAACCUGUUGACCAUGAAGAUAAUGGUACACGGAAGCAUCCUGUUUCAUCUGAUGUUGACCGUUCUCCUGAUAUUGACAAUGAUUCUGAUGAUGAUGAAGCUCAAGAAUUCAAUGACCAGGAGAGCUCUUCUAAUGAUGAACUUAGUGACAGUGAGGGCAUGAUGCUGGUUGAAGAAGGUCGGCCGCGACCUCGCAAGACUAGCCGAGGGCAGAUACGUCCUGUCACAUCUAGAGCGAAAUUCCGUAGAAAUUCAAGAUCACGUAACGUAUUGCAAAGAAAUUUCAAACAGAAGAUCAUUGCCCUGCUACGAAGGUUCAAAGCCUCGGAGGAAGCUUUAGACUCAGAAGCUGACCAUGAACUGGUUGACCCAGACCACAAUCCACAUGAUAUUGAGGACCUUCUUGGGGAUUUUGAUGAUCUAAGUGACAGUGGUCCUGAACUGGACACCCUUAGUGUCACAUCUACCCCUAAACCACAGUUAAGACCAUUCUUCACUGACCGAGGGAAUUUAAUUGAAAUGGCUGAUAUACCCAAGGCUAGUCCCGUGAAAUCUUUGAGUGAAGACAACUACAAGAGACCCGACUCUGACACUCAUGCGGAGCAGGCUGACCAGGAGCUAGACAUCCAUUCAUCGCCCUCAUAUCAUGAUGGCAAUGCCCGCGAUCAGCGAUCAGAGCUGUUUCCCAACCAGAAGCCAUCCCCCCAGCACAAAGCGAAUGCCUUUCAGCGUGAAAGGAGUUUUUCGUACCGGGAAAGGCAGAAAAAGCAGCAUAAGCUGGAAGAUAGACGCAAUAGUACAGGCCAAGUUGAACAAGUGGUGCCAUGUGUGUGCUCUUCUGCUGUGACGGAGACUUCCAAGGAUACCAAUAGUCCUCGUAAAGUUCUUCUUGACCAGUUAAGUUCUCUAGGUAGCAACUCUGAAGACAGGCUUCCCGACUGCUUUCUCAUGGUAAACACAGCAGAAUGGCAAGGUCAGUUUCUGAUACAGAAAUGUCAGGACAAACCUCUCAAGCUGAUCUCCACAUGUACCUCAGCAGACACAAAAGCUGUGGUCAACUUUCUUGUGACCAGAAUUCAGAAAUUCUGCAACAGUAAUUCCAAAAGUCCUUCUCCUAUCAAAAUUGGUGUGGCGGGCAACGAUGGCUACAUCAACUCUAUAUUGCGACCAUAUGUUGAGCAGUUCUCAUCUAAGUCUCCUGACUGGCAACACUAUGUCAGAUUUCUAGUCAUUCCAUUUGGUGCUAGUUCAAUUGGAAAGUAUUUAGCUAAUAUUGAUUCAGUGUACAGUUCUUUAUUUACUGACAACUCCUGGAAGGAAACUUUUGAGAAGUCAGAAAACCAGAAAUUAGAUUCACAAGAAAUAUACAACCGCAUCUCCAAGUACAUGAGCAAUGCCAACUACCUCCUCCCAAUAGCUAUUGGAGAAGCUAUGGUCACCUACAAAGGCAGAAAACUAGCCAGAUCAUCAAGUGUGCAACCUAUGAGGCAAGAUGGAUUCUAUUCCCACCAUCACUCCACUGCUACCAGCAGUGAUGAAGAGUCAACACAAAUAUUUAUUCCUUUCAUCAGUGAGGUGAAGAUUGGUUCCCCAGAUUAUCUAAAUGCAUCAGUAGAUAUCGAGGAGUCUGUGACCUGCCCAACACUGUCAGGUUCACCGCCAUCUCAAGUGGCGCCAACAGAGAAAACCAAAGACGGGCAUCACACUCCACCAAAUUCACCAAAUGUUAGUUUAAUGUCCCCCAGCCAGAGUUUUUUUAUUCCCCUUCUCUCCAGUCAGCAAUCCGUGCCAGCAUCUGCUGCCCUGCCUUUCCUCACAGCCACCACCCAGUCGUCAGAGUACAUGGAGCUACAAGUGGAGUACUGGACACUGGCUUCCAAGUCAGAAACUAGUGACAAAGAUCGCAUUAACAAGAAAGAGUCGAACAAGUGUUCACUGAAGACUGCAUUCCGCUCCCUUCACGUCUAUCGUCUUCCUCCAGCCCCCAGUGAGAUGCCCAUUUCUGCUGGUUUCUGUAUGGGAGUCGUAACCAAGGAGAAGAAACAGAAAGUUAUGCGAAUUGGGAAGAAAUCCAAAGAUCCAGAGUCCAAAAGCCAGGUGAUAGAUGGUAUUAGUCGACUGAUUUGUACAUCAAAGAACCACAACUAUACACUUAAAGUUGUGGUUGAUGGUGUGGAAUGGACUGGUGUUAAGUUUUUCCAGCUCUCAUCACAAUGGCAAACACACAUAAAGAAUUUCCCUGUGGUCAUUUUCUCUUACCAGGAACCCGCUUGAAACUGUCUGACACCUGCUGGGCAGACGUAGGUGUUCUAUCAUCAUUGAGUGCUGCCUACUCAUCCACCCGCAUCCCAUAGUCUGCCAAAAAGGAAUCUCGCAGCUUUAUCAUGCUCUAGUUGCCAGUACUAACAAUGAUAUAUUUUUUUUGUCUGUAUGGUUAUUCAGCUGCAUUCAGUUGAUACCACUUCAUUGUUAGUAGUAAUUUGGUUGCCAGUGACCCACUGCUUACCAGCAGCAAAUUCUACACCCAGCUGACCUUCAGGUCUUCACACACAGACACACAAUCACACACACACACACUCACACAAACAAAACCUGGCCUUUUAAUCUUUAGAAAACUUUUGGAUUGCGAAAGAAGUAGAGUGUGGGGGGAGGGUAUGUGGAAUAAGUAACCAUCUCCCAUUGGUGUGUUUUGUUUCCUAUGUGACAACAGUAGCUGUCUUUCCACUUACUCCUGUCUCUGCAGUUAAUUUCAACUGUCUUUAAUACAGGGCUUAAUUAAUCUUAGCUGUACUUUUCAGUCAAUGGUUACUUGAAGCAGUAUGUAAUCACAGUAAGAAAUGACUUCUUCCAUCAUUUUCCCCACCAUAUGUCAUCUUUAGUCACUACCAAACAUCUCUUUGUGGACAAUCCAAUAUGUACACACAUACACAUGCAUGUAAUACAUAAAUCUACAUAUUUACAAAUGUACAUACAUAAUUAUAGAUGUACAUAUAUAUUGUCGUACACACAUACACAUAUUUAAACAAAUAUAAAUACAUACAUAAAUAAACAUACAUAUUUACAAACAAGAAUACAAACAAGAAUACAAACAUACAUGUUUACAAAGCACACAGAUACGUAAACAAGUUUAAUUUUCACAAGUAUGAAACCUGUAUAAGCUUUAAAUCAAAAACAAAUAAUGUUUGGUUGAAGUUGUCUAAUUUCUGUAAGAUCUGUGCAGCUACUUACAUUGUCGACCCUUCCCUUAUCACUGCUAUUGGCAACACUAUUGGAUGUUGUGUCAGCUCAAUGUCACUCUGUAUCUUUCCAUCAUUCUUUGAUGGUAGUUUUCUCCUUUCCAAACAACAAAAAACAAAAAAAUUGUAAAACGAAAACAAAUUAUAUAAAACCCCUCUGAUUCUAUGGUUGUUCUCUCUGAUGCUUGGUCAAAGAAUUGUCCUGCCUGUACAUAUAUAAUAGAGCAGGUAUAAAUAACAUUCACAGCACUUCUUUUCUUAUUUGUUCGUUCUUCAAUAGCGGACACUGACUUUCAAAGAUGCUGAGGAUAUUUUGGUAGACGUUUUAUAAGCGCGUGUGUUAUAGAAAUAUCAAAUCCAAUUGGAGCAGAGUUGAGUCUCAUCAUGGUGUAAAUUUUGUAUCCAGUGUUGCUGCUAAAUAGUUUUUUCUCUCUCUCUCUCAAGCUCAAUGUGAUUAUUUUUUACAUGCUUCCUCUUUAUUUAGCAGAAGACAGGCAAGCUCUUGAAUUCUUCCAAGUUAGAGAAAAUUUGGGGUUAGAGACCUCUGUAUAUGUCCAGUUUCCCUGUCUCCUUAUUUCAACUUCUUCAUCCUCUGAAGAAAUUAAACAUUUUGUUGUUGUUCGUUUA